AUGGGUCUUGAUUUUCGAUAUGGUAGUUACAAUGAAAGUUUACUUUCUACUGCAAGAAUCAUUUGGGCAUUUGAUCUUGAAUUGUGGUAUCUUCGAUCACUUGAGUUUGUUAUAGUUUUAAAAUCUUUAGGACCAAAAUUAUUUAUGUUAAAAAACAUGCUUCGAGACUUGUUUGCUUUUAUCUAUAUGAUUUUCAUAGCAAUAGCUGCUUAUGGAGUUGUAUCUCGAGCAUUGAUUUUUUAUAAACAAGCACCAUUUACAGGUCGUGAAAUUCAAUGUUGUUUGAUUGACGUCAAAAAAAAACAUUGA